AUGAAAUACUUGCAGUACUAUGAUGAUUCAAUAAAUAUUCCAAUUAUUUUGCCGUUCAAUCAUUUGGACGUGAGUAGUCUAGGACAAAGUCAGAAUUGUGAGAUAUUAUUGCGCAACAUUUUAACUAAGUGGCAGAGUCGAUUUGAUAUUGAGAAGGGACCACUAUGGGCUGUUGGCUAUCUGAGUGGUUUUGCGCAGGAGAAAGCACAAGUGUGGUUCGCAAUGCAUCAUUUAAUCGUGGAUACAGUGAGUUGGCGAAUUAUCUGCGAUGAUCUGCGACGCCUAUAUGACGGUUCGUCAAAUUUGGGCAAAAAAGGUAGUAGCUACGGGGAAUGGUCACGAUGUGUUCAGUCGUAUGGAACACGUAAAUCAAUGACUGAGGGCGUUUAUUGGCGUAAUCUUGUGAGAAAUGUGUGCUAUUUUAAUGAUAAUUUAAGUAAGCACAGUGGAACAUCUGCUAAUAGACUGGCAACGAAUGCGACUAGUAUCACACUCAAUACAAUACAAACAUGCAGCCUUUUGAGAGACUGCCCACAUGCUUAUGGCUCAAAUAUCAACGGGCUGCUGCUUACUGCGCUCAGUUAUGCCCUAAAAGAACUAACAGGAAAUCGAAUUAACUAUGUGACAUUAGAAGGCCACGGUCGUGAAGAUAUUGGUGACGACAAUAUGGAUAUUAGUCGAACUGUGGGUUGGUUUACAACGAUGUAUCCAGUUCUUCUCGAAAGUGAUGAUGAUCUCAUGCGCAGUAUCAUGAAUAUCAAAGCGCAUUUGAUGCAAGUGCCCAAUAAGGGUAUUGGCUAUGGUACAAUCAUUGGCUACAAAGAACAAGACUUGCCACGAGUUAGCUUCAAUUAUCUUGGACAGUUCGAAGCAGCACCGUUGACUAGAGCAAUGAAUAGUGGUAAGAAUAGACGAUGGUAUUUAACGGAUGGCAUUGUCGGAGCCGAACGUGCGGAGGAUGCUUUUGGUAAUGACGUUAUCGCUGUGAACGGACGUUGCAUGAAAGGGCAAAUACGAUUCAACAUCACGAGCAGGCUGAACUCGGACAGAACAGCACAACUUGCCAAUUCAUUUAAAUCAAAGCUCGAAGAUAUCAUUCGCGACUGCUUUACUACUAAGCCACUUAUUGAAAUAGAUUAUUCAAACGAUUUCGAGCAUCCAUUUGUUUUACUAAAUGCUGAUGCCACUAAUAUUUUGUUUGUCUUGCCGCCUGGUGGUGGUGGUGCUGAGAGCUACUUCAAUAAUAUUGUUCAGCAUUUAUCAACAUAUAAGCUGGUAUUAUUUAACAAUUAUUAUUAUAAUCUUAAAGUAAAAAAUUUGGAAAAAGGCUUAUCAUACGAAACACUAGCUCGUUUAUAUAUAAAAUAUAUCAAACUAAUUCAAUCCAAGGGUCCGUAUAACUUUUUGGGUUGGAGUUUUGGUGGCAUCUUAGCAUUUGAAAUUUCUCGCCAAUUAAAUAAUGCUGGAGAGCGAAUCGAUAAUAUAUUUAUGAUUGACUCGUACUUUAACGCGAACAAAGCUUCUUUGGAAAUUGGCAAAACGCAUGACGUGGACAUGAUUGAUGAAAUAAACCAUUCAUAUUUGCCACAUAUAGAAAACGAGUCGUUUGGUUUAAAUAUAGCCAAUAUGAAGAUAAAUAUUGUAUUGUUUAAAGCCAGUACGGUGGAUAAGGACGAUCGGCUGCGAUAUCAACUAGCAUUAGCUGAAUACUACGUUAAUUCAGCGUUCAAUUGCCUAGAUACAUUACUGAGUCAUAAAUGUAUUCGAGUAAUUGAAAUGCAUCGUGAAACCCAUUUGUCGUGGGUAUCAAAUAAAGAAGAAGUCGCCAAUAUUUGCAAUUAUUUAAAAAGUUUUUUAAAAUGA